AUGGAGCCCGAAACGGCUCAAUCCGAUACGCCAAUCAUUCUUUGGCUUCAAGGCGGUCCCGGUUGUUCCAGCAUGAUCGGGAAUUUCUACGAACUCGGCCCUUAUCGAAUUACCGAAUCGCUCGAUAUCGAGCCCAACCCCGCUCCCUGGAACCGUCGCUACGGUGUCCUCUUUAUAGACAACCCCGUUGGUACGGGUUUUAGUGUAGUUCCUUCAGAUGAGGAUAUUCCUCUGGAUCAGGAUGACGUGGCAAGGGAUCUGUACACCGCGCUCCGAUCAUUCUUCGACCUUUUCCCGCCAUUUCGCCAGAGGCCGUUCUUUUUGGCAGGGGAGAGUUACGCAGGAAAGUAUGUCCCCGCUUUAGGCUCCCUCCUUGUAGGGAAACUGGAUAUGGCGCAGCAGCAGUUACGACAGCGUCUGAAAUUCAAACGCGACGGCGAGGGCGGAUACAGGCAUCCGUUCCGGCUGGACGGGGUUAUAAUCGGUAACGGGUUGACGCAUCCGCGUACGCAGGUGCAGGCGCAUGCUGAUAUCGCGUACAGCGCUGGGUUGCUGGAUCAGCAGCAGCGGGAUAGGGCCAAGGAGUGGGCGAAUCGCGUCGUGGCGCAUAUUGAUAAGGAGGAAUGGCAGGAGGCUUUUCAAGAGCGGACGAACCUCGUCAACUGGAUUCAGAACGUGAGCGGCAUUGCAACGCCCUUGGACAUCCGAAGAACCCGCGCCUACCACCACAACAAGGACAAGCAGGAGUACCUCGCCCUAUACCUCAACCGCCCGGAGAUUAAAGACGUCCUUAAAGCCGACGCGGCUGUCACCUGGGUUUCCUGCAGCCCUCGCGUGCGCAAGCAUAUGUCUAACGACACUAUGAAAUCCACUAUGCACCUAGUAGAAGGGCUCUUAAACCGCGUCCCGAUGCUGCUAUAUCAGGGGAUAUACGACAUUAAAGACGGCGCCGCGUGCUCGCUGGAGUGGAUGCGGGAGUUACAGUGGAAGGGUAUGGAGCGGUUCUGGGCGGUGGAGAGGCGGUUGUGGGAGGUGGAGGGGGAGGUGGCAGGGUAUUGGCGGGAACAUGACAUGCUGACGCAUGUGGUGUUGCAUGGAGCGGGGCAUGAGGUGCCUGCUGACCAGCCAUUCAACUCCCAGCGCAUGAUAGAAACAUGGAUCAGCCAGCAGAUUGCGACGGCCAGGAAACUCGAGUUUGUUAUGGGGGAGGUGUUAUCUGACGGCGACCAGGAAGAGGAACAAGGAGAGGGUGCGGAGGGGACAGGGGGAACGGGGGAGGAGGAGGAGGGGGUGAAGGGAGGGGAUGAUUACGCAGGGGCAAUGAUGGCGGAUAUAAUGUCGGGGUUUGUAGAGGAGAUGGAGAAGAGAGGAGUGGAUUGGAGCAAGGUGGGCCCCAAUGGGGAGGGGUUUGAGUUUGCGGGGUUUGAACCUGAGUGGUUCGAACAGCAAGGUUUGGAGCUGGAGGGGGGUGGGGAGGGGGAAGGAGGGGGGGAAAUUGGGGAAGGGGCGGAGGGGGGAGAGGAAGGGGAGGGGGAGGAAGAAGGGGGAGAGGGAGCGGAGGAGAGUGAUGGGAUGGAGGGGUUGGAGGGGGAGGGGGAGGGGGAGGUAAGGGUUGAGGGGGUGGAGGUUGUGGAGGGGAUGGCUGGGGAGGGAAUAGAGGCCGUGGGGGGAAUAGAGGUUGUUGGGGGAGAGGUGGCCAAAGAGGAAGUGCAGGAUUUGUGA